AUGACAGUUUGGAAAUCUUUAGUGUUUUUGUUAAUUGUGAAAAAAUCUUGUUGUUUCUUAGAACCUUUAGUGCAAGAUGUUGCUGUCGACACAUUUUCGGCAGCUCAGGAUAUUGAACAACGUCCUGUUGGUGGUGUUUCCUUAAACGACCCAUUUCAGUUGAUUAAGGAAACUCUUGUUACUCAAGCUCUCAAUUUGGUGCAAGAAGAUUAUGAUUUGCAUAGAAAUCCCGAUGAGGUAUAUGAUUUUAUAAUUGUUGGCGCUGGUUCAUCGGGUUCCGUCCUAGCAAGACGUUUAUCUGAAAUUUCAAGUUGGAAGAUCUUAGUUAUAGAAGCUGGUAAAGGAGAAAUGUUAUUAACUGAAGUUCCAGUAUUAGCGGCUUAUUUUCAAAAAUCUCGUUAUGAUUGGGGACAUAAAAUGGAACCACAAGAAGGAGUUUGUUUAGGAAUGGAAAAUGAGCAAUGUUAUUGGCCACGAGGUAAAGCUGUAGGUGGAACUACUGUUCUCAACUAUAUGAUUUUAAAUCGAGGAAAUCGAAUAGACUACGAUAGACUAGCUGCUGCAGGAAAUCCUGGCUGGUCAUACGAAGACGUGCUUCCAUACUUUAAAAAAUCUGAAACCGCAAAAAUUGCUUAUCGUGAAGAUUAUUACCAUGGUUUUGAUGGACCGUUAAGUGUCGAAGAUGUUCCAUAUCGUACUCCAAUCGUCCAUAAAUUUUUGGAAGGUGCUUUGGAACUUGGACACGAUAUUAUUGAUUAUCAUGGUAAAACUCAGUUUGGCUUUGGUUAUGUACAAGCAACAAUUAGAAAUGGACGCAGAUGUAGUACUGCUAAAGCUUUUUUGCACGAUGUUAAGCGUCGUCCUAAUUUACAUAUAUUAACAAAUACCAAAGCAACCAAAAUUAUUAUAGAUCCAGAUUCCUUAGAGGCGAUUGGUGUUGAAUUUUUUAGAAAUGGCAAAAAUUUGAAAGCUUAUGCUAGAAGAGAAGUUAUUAUAUCAGCUGGAACGUAUCAUUCGCCUCAAUUGUUAAUGCUAUCUGGCAUUGGACCAAAAGAACAUUUGGAAGAAAUGGAAAUUGAAGUUGUGAAGGAUCUUCCUGUUGGACAAAUAAUGUAUGAUCAUAUUUGUUAUCCCGGUUUAUCUUUUACUGUUAAUACAACACAUUCAAGUCUAAUUGUAAAACAAGCGGUACAACCUCAAAAUGUUAUAUCCUGGCUAGGUGGUAAAGGCCAAUUGACGAUGAUAGGUGGCGUUGAGGCCUUAGGAUUUAUUAAAACUAAUAAAAGCCAAGAAACCGAAGAUUAUGCAGAUAUUGAGUUAAUUUUUAUUGGAGGCACAAUGGCUUCAGACUACGGCACUGGAGUUAGUAGAGGAAUGAGCGUAAAACAAGAAAUAUAUGAUGCUGUUUUUAAACCUAUCGAAAACAUUGAUGCAUGGACAGCAUUUCCAAUGCUUGUGCAUCCAAAUUCUAAAGGAUACAUGAAACUUCGAGAUAAAGAUCCUAUGUCGUAUCCAUUAUUGUAUGGUAACUACUUCACAGAUCCCAAUAACCAAGACAUUGAUACCUUAGUUGAAGGUAUUAAAUAUGUAAUCAAGAUCUCUAAUACUGAAGCAAUGCAAAGCAUUGGCUCCAAAAUAAACGAAAGGCCUUUACCGGGCUGUAGAAACAUACCAUUUGGUAGUGAUGAUUAUUGGCGGUGUUGCGUCAGGCAAUUGACAGCCACUUUGCAUCAUCAAGUUGCAACUUGCAAAAUGGGACCUGCCAAUGACCCCGAGGCUAUAGUUGAUAAUAGGUUGCGUGUAUAUGGAAUACGCAAACUGAGAGUGGCAGACAGCAGUAUUCUUCCUAAGGAACCAACUGCUCAUUCAAAUGGACCAGCAAUUAUGAUUGGAGAAAAAGCUUCAGAUAUGAUAAAAGAAGAUUGGCUAGAAACAUAA